AUGUUCGGCUCCAUGACGAAAAAGUCGACGCCAGUUGAUUUCCCAGUGUUUAGUUUGGCGUUUGCAGACGAUGAUUCAACAACAAGGUGCAAGCUAUAUGUUGGUGGAGGUGGAGGUCCCAAUAAAUCUGGUGUCAAAAAUGCUGUUGUCGUGUAUGAUGUGGAUCCAUCGGAAUUGGAGCUUAGGCAAGCUGGAGAUAUUCAAUUCUCAAAACAAGAUGAUGCUUGUAUGAGUUUGGAUGUUGUGCGUCAGGAAGACAAGACAUUCGUUGUCGCUGGUGUCAAUGCAUCGCAAGAACUGAUACAAGCUGGAGACAACAAGAACUUUCGACUUUACACACGAACUGCUACUGAUCCUGACAAGACAAUCACACAAGAUACUAAGACAGCUGUAUUUGAGCUCGUCAAUUCUGUGCAGACUGUUACUGGAAAGAAGGCUGAACAUUAUCAGAGAGUGGCCCGCUCAAGCUCAGAUGGCUCCAUGCUGGUUACAGGAACAACAGAUGGCAAACUACAUUUAUGGAAGUUCCCGUCAUUGACAGAACACCGACCUUCAAUGACAAUAAAUGAAGAAAUAUUUGAUGCUGAUUUUGAUUCGAAAUCCAAAUGGUUGGUCUUUGUCACUCCAAAACAAUGCCAAGUGAUAUCCAUAGAAGAUGGUAAAGUCGCCUUCCAAAUAUCCAAUCCAGCAACAUCAAGUGGAUCUCCAUGCGAAUUCCGAGGAUGUCGAUUUGGAAGACAAGACACUGCAAAAUACUUGUAUUUGAUCAUCAAUGAAAAGUCGAGAAAAAAAUCAUUUGUUGGGCAAUGGAGGACGGAUACUUGGGAGAUGGUGAGGAAGAGACAGAUUGGAAAGAAGCCUGUUACGGCCUUUACGAUGAGUCCUGAUGGUGAAAAGAUGGCAGUUGGGAUAUCUGAUUUGAGUGUGGUGGUGUUGAGUGCCAACAGCCUCAAUGUACAAUGCCGAGUCCUCAAUGCACAUUCAUUCCCAGUGACGUCUGUGGCAUUCAGUCCAGAUGGAGGUGUUUUGGCAAGUGGAUCAGCAGAUUCAUCUGUUCAUCUGGUCUUGUUGCCAAAGAGAUCCAGCCUACCAUCAGCCCCUACAAUGGCAUUGAUGGUCAUAUUACUCUUGAUUCUUUUCGUUCUCCUAUACAUUCGCGAAGCGCAAGAAUUGUAA